AUGGCUGAAGAAAAGAAAAUUCCUGUUACGAACGAGAGCAUGGGAAAGCCUCUUUCGGCUAAGAAUCAGGUCCUCACUGCUGGUGCUGCUGAGUUUCGACCUGUGAAGCAUAUCUGCGCUCAUCUCAACGCCUUUCACGCAUACGCCGAUGAUCUCUCUCGCUUUGUUGAAACAAACCACUACUGCGCCCAUCUAAACGAGGACGUCCGCCAAUGUCUCCUCUACGAUUCCGACGAGCCCAACGCGCGCCUCAUCGGCAUCGAAUACAUGAUAACCCCCAAACUCUACGAAACCCUCGACAAAGAAGAGCGCAGACUCUGGCACUCGCACGUCUACGAAGUGAAAUCCGGAAUGCUCAUAAUGCCGAACCGCGCGGUGCCCGAGAGCGCAUGGCAGGUGGCUGAGAACUACGAGAUGGACCAAGUUGUGCAGCUAUACGGAAAGGUGUAUCAUUUGUGGCAGACGGAUCGCGGUGAUACGCUACCGUUGGGGGAGCCGAAGCUUAUGACGAGUUUUACGGCGGAUGGACAGUUUGACUUUGAGAAGCAUGUGGGGGAGAGGGAUCGGAAGUUUGGAACGGAUUGGAGGGUUAAGAAGGAGGCGAGGAAGGAUAUUCCUAGUCCGGUUGUUCAUGAGGAUGCGGAUCAGGCGUGGAAGAACAAUUGA